GUGCCGCUGCUCCCAACUACUCGGGUCCACCGCAGCCUGGCCAGCAAUAUAAAUUUUCAAUCGGCGAGCUGUGCGAUCGUAUUAAGGAGGACUUCAACUUUCUUCAGUCACAGUAUCACAGUAUAAAGUUGGAGCUGGAGAAACUUGCUCAGGAGAAGACGGAGAUGCAACGUCACUAUGUCAUGUAUUACGAGAUGUCCUACGGGCUGAACGUGGAAAUGCAUAAACAGACAGAGAUAGCGAAGAGGUUAAACGCUAUAAUUGCUCAGAUCCUGCCGUUUCUCUCUCAGGAACAUCAACAACAAGUCGCCACUGCUGUUGACAGAGCCAAACAAGUGACCAUGACCGAACUCAACGCCAUUAUCGGGCAACAGAGGCCGGACCUGCCGAGGUUGCUUCAACAAAUGCAUGCACCACAGCUCCCGCCGGGCGCCGCGAUAGGGCCUCAUCCAGGUAUACCAGCGCUUCCUGGGCCUGGUAUUCCUACCUCGGCGUCCGCAGCACUUCUCGGAUUAGGGAUACCGCCGGGUGCAGCAGCCACUGCCGGUGGUACAGCUACUCACCCUCUUCCAAUGUUGACCAAGCCAGACCUUCAUCGGGGUCAGCCAGACGAUUUGAAGCCGAACGGAGGUCUUAAUCCCGCCGAGGAGAGGCAUAGAAAUUCGAUAUCGCCAGCGGAGCGCGAAAAGUACAGCAGACCCCGAAGCACUCCGGAUCCACAGCACCACGAUCACCUGCCCCUGAAGAAGAUGAAAAAGGAGCAGGACAAGGACAUAGGCCAUCAAAGCGAUGGUGAAAAGAGCGACCAGGACUUGGUGGUAGACGACGCGAGCGAAGGGCCCGCGAGUCCCGCGGCGAACGGCACAUCAUCGCCGAGGGAGAACGGCCUAGACAAGCUCGGUCCGUCCUCGGUACCUUUGAGCAGCCAGGUGAAGAAAGAAGUGCCGCCGCCGUCGCCGCGCAGCGGAACCAGCAGCAACGCCAGCACGCCUUCGGCGAAGAAGAUGGAGGAACGGGAGAAGCCCACUACUCCGAUCUCGAAACCUGUCACACCUACAUCAGCGGGUGGUAGCAGCUCCGGCUCUGGCGGUCUGAAGCCAUCGAGUUCCAGCAAACCGCUGGUCUCGGCUUCGGCGGUCGGCCCUUAUCCGCCACACUAUCUGCCGCCACAUCAUCCACCCGCAGGACCUCAUGCGGAUAUGUUGGGUUAUCCUCAGGCAGCACUAAAUGGAUAUCCCACAAGACCGCCUCUUCAGCAACUCUACGAUCCUCACGGAAGCAUGAGGGCACCUCUCGGACCCUUCAGUGUACCCGGUGGAAAACCUGCAUACAGCUUUCACGUAUCCAGCGAGGGCCAGAUGCAGCCGGUCCCGUUUCCACCUGAUGCUCUAAUUGGACAAGGAAUACCGCGUCACGCGCGCCAGAUAAAUACCCUGACACACGGCGAGGUAGUGUGCGCCGUAACGAUCUCAAAUCCGACUAAAUACGUUUACACCGGUGGCAAAGGAUGCGUCAAGGUCUGGGACAUCAAUCAGGGCGGCGGUGGUAGCGCGAAACACGUUUCGCAGCUUGAUUGCUUGCAGCGGGACAACUACAUCAGAUCAGUAAAGCUGCUACCAGAUGGCAGGACCCUUAUAGUGGGAGGCGAAGCGAGUAACCUCAGCAUCUGGGACUUGGCGAGUCCAACGCCAAGGAUCAAGGCAGAACUGACGUCGAACGCUCCGGCCUGUUACGCGCUGGCCAUUUCACCGGACUCGAAAGUAUGCUUCAGUUGCUGCAGCGAUGGCAACAUCGCGGUUUGGGAUCUUCAGAACCAAUCGCUGGUCAGGCAGUUCCAAGGUCACACGGAUGGUGCAUCUUGCAUCGACAUUUCCGCGGAUGGUUCGAAACUGUGGACUGGCGGUUUAGACAACACGGUGCGCUCGUGGGAUCUACGAGAAGGCAGACAGCUCCAACAACACGACUUCACCUCGCAGAUAUUCUCUCUCGGUUACUGUCCUACCGGCGAGUGGUUAGCGGUCGGAAUGGAGAACUCGAACGUCGAGGUGCUUCACGCUACCAAACCAGACAAAUAUCAACUUCAUUUACACGAGUCUUGUGUGCUUUCGUUACGUUUCGCUACCUGUGGAAAGUGGUUCGUUUCCACCGGCAAGGACAAUUUACUGAACGCGUGGCGUACACCUUAUGGUGCCUCAAUAUUCCAGUCGAAGGAAUCGUCAUCGGUACUCAGUUGCGAUAUUUCUACCGAUGACAAGUAUAUUGUGACCGGAUCGGGAGACAAGAAGGCCACCGUUUACGAAGUGAUAUACUGAAUUACCAUCACGAUUGCAUUACCGAAUGGAAAACUACGCUUUCAUAGUACUCGGAUAUCAAAGAGAAAGAAAAGCUAGGAACGUGUGCUUCAGGUUUCUAGGAAAAAGAAUGAAAUUUGUUUGGACAAAAGCACGUACUGAAGCUGUCAGUCCAGGAAGCAUAAGAAGCUAAGCGCUACCAUGAAUAUGGACUAUCUUUUUUUGUGAAACGAGUAACGAUGCAUCGCAAUGUGUUAUAUUUGUUAUAUUUGGAUGAAUCGCGGCGGCCGCCGUGGAUAGACAUGAUAAGUGCCGCCAGGGACUAAAAGUUACAUUAUAUAGAUAAAUAUAUAAAUAUAUAUAAACAUAAAGGUGGCAGAACGUUUUAGCUAUAUAAGGUUGUAUAGAGCGUAUAGUUAUAAAUAGAGAAACGAUGUCGAGCGAGACUGUGCGUAAUAAUGAUGUUCGCCCCAGAAUGAGAGGUCACGUGAGGGUCGGGACUCCGCCGACUUCGGUCAGAAGAAGUCGCCUGUGUAAUAUGUUACUAAUGUAAUAUAGCGUUUUACGGUUAAGUAAAUCAUACGCGUGACUGUGGGAGAUUGCGAGAUGGUGGACACACGGUAUUUUGGCUGCUCAUGCCGCGUGUGAUGUCCUCGUGCUUUAUUAACGGUUACGAACGAACGAAGAAUGGGUGGGGGGUGAUGUGUAUGGAUGACCGAUCUAGCGUGUAAACCCGUAGGAAUGUGUGUUGUGUUAAUGAAAUCCACGUAAUAAUAUCGAACACAUGCGUAGAGGAGAGAGAAAAAGAAAGAAAGAGAAGCAUCUAGGAUGGACAUAGCGGAUAUAGGGCUAUGAACUGAUGUGUAAUUUUCCGAUCUUGAUGGAAAUAUUCUCGAUAUUUCCGUGGCGAGGAAGUAACGUCAUCAUUUGUACUCGUACGUAUAGCCUGAGUUCUAGAGACUUUGUUGGUUCUUUCGUUACUAUAUCUCUGUGUCACCGCCGCCGAAUAGCAACUAUGUUCGGUAACUAUGGAAAUUUUGUGAAGGGCACGGAAGGAUAAACAGAAAGCGAUGCAUAGGAUCUCUCGACAUUUUCCAGAGCAAACACGCACGAUAGACGGAGGCGACCUCAUUUAGUCGUGUUAGAAUCUAUGAAAGAAUCCCCCGCGAGGUACAAGGUUUCCGAUGCGUCGCAUUUUACUCAUGACUCUUGAGUAAAGAUCGAAUAAAGUCUAUUUAACUUUCUGACCGUACACAUAUUUUUUAAGAACGGUACUCUAUUUACCACAAAACGAUCCAUCAACCGUUUACGAACGUAUCUUCGUAGUAUGUAUUUUAUUGAAGACACUAUAUCGGUUUUUUUUUUUAUCGGAGGACAACGUAACAACGUAACAUCGUAUCGUUGUACCGUCGUGAGGGGAUGAUGUGUUUGCGUGUAACGGAACCCAGUUUUACUCGAUGGAAAUACAUGAACACACACGAGGACGCGCACAGCCACAUAUGAUUUAAUCGUCAUUCCAGGCGUCAGGCGCGUUUACAUGACGAAAAACACACGGGCUACGCUCAUAAACGACACGUUUUUUGCAAGAUAUUAUACGAAAUAUUUUUGUGAUUGUCCACGACGGCCCUAGGUUUAACCGGGCAACCCGGGACGUAUCGCGAAUGGAAUAAGUCCAGUCACUUCAAUGGAAUACCCGUAGACUAUCAUAUGGUGAGAUUUUCAGCCUUGAAUGUCAACAUAGACUAUUUUCGGGCUUCGACACUCAGUUCUAGGCACCCAGACCAAUGCAGCUCAUAUUGCUGAAUACGAAUAUCUGACUUGGGUCCAGCGAGGGUGUCGAUUAGUUGAUCAUAUUCUUUAAACGAAUUUCAAGAAUGUUCAUAUUCAAUUUGUUUCACUCGCGGUACGUUCACAUUGAAUUGAAUUUAUCGUAUCAACAGGAAGAAAUUGACGAUUGCAUUUAAGUACAUUGGCGAUUUUUCUUCAUGCCAACGUAACGACGUGUGAAGUUAGGGUACUAGGUAGCGCGUCAUUAUUCGGAUCUGAAAUACGGUGAAAGCAGGGGAUGCAUAAUGGAGAUUUAUAUUUUGUUACAGGAUAACACACGUUUUACAUUCGCUGUGAUCGUCGUAGAAUCGACGCUGUAAUACUGCCCGCGUGCGAGGAUUAUCGUUAAGUAAACGCGAAUUUUUCACACGGAAAGAAUGUGGAGCGAUGGGUACACGAGAAAAUUUGAGAACAAGUGCGGAUAGAUUUUCGGCGAGCACAGCUCCGAACGAUAGACCAAUAGAAACAACGAUACCUCAAGAAGACUCAAUAGUUAAUUAUCACUUACGGAUUAACUUGUACAGAAUCGAUAUUCUUUUACAGUGAAUAAUACGCAUACCUGCGCAGAUGCAUUAGGACACACGCACAUUCACGUACACACAAAUCCACAGAAAACACAGACACUAAAGUACAGACGCACUAGGAAGAACAACGGCUAAAACGAAAUGGAAGCAACAGCGAGGUCGCAACUCGACACCUUGAAAUAAUUAAUAAUUGUGUCCCGCGUUCACUGAAUCGUGUCUCCGUGCUCACAGUUUGCACUCCGUGUGUACGAAAGUAAAGAGAAUGCGUUUCUAGCAGAGGAAAAAAAAGACAAGUGUUAAUCCUUUCCAAGCACAGUUCAUGUUGUUCCUAUAGCUACGCGAAAAUUGUUUCUUUCAACAAUUAAAUCAUCUAUAUCUAUAUACAUUGGAUGUUUUAUUAAUCCUCACUCAGCCUCAUAUCCUUCCGGAAAACAUUUAAUUUGAUGCAUUGACUCUGAGAACAUUGAUUCUGAUGCAAUUCACUUUGAGAACAUGAGUGAAAAAUUAUUUUAAACCACAAGGGAAUUUCUGUUCUCAGUAUUCAUUGUUUUGAUCACUCAAAUAAGUAAAUUUAGUUGUAGCUAGGUCGAAAUAACCCUGUAUUUAUUAGAAGGGGAUUGAUAGUAAAUGUUCAGAGAAUUAAUAUAUUUUUCAGAAAAAUUAAUUUCCAACAAAUGGACUGAAAAAUAAAUAGAAUAGAUAAUGUAUUUCAAAUGUAGAUGUUUGAUCUAGAGUUGUAGGAAAUU